GUCUUUUGGUGGGCCUCGUGCUUCGCUAUGGCAUUCAUGUUCCAAGCGAUGUGAACAAUGUGACUCUGAGCUGUGAAGUGCAGUCAAGUCCAACUACCUUGUUGGUCAACGUCAGUGGAAAAUUUUAUGAAUAUAUGCUGAAAGGAGAGAUUAGCUCCCAUGAACUCAACAAUGUUCAAGAUAAUGAGAUGCUUAGGAAGGUUACUUUUGAUCCAGAAGUCUUUUUCAACAUACUGCUUCCUCCUAUCAUAUUUUACGCAGGUUACAGUCUGAAAAGGAGACAUUUCUUCCGGAACCUUGGGUCUAUCUUAGCAUAUGCCUUUCUUGGAACAGCGAUUUCUUGUUUCGUUAUUGGGUCCAUAAUGUAUGGCUGUGUAACCCUGAUGAAAGUGACUGGACAGCUCGCUGGAGAUUUUUUCUUUACGGAUUGCUUGCUGUUUGGUGCCAUCGUAUCAGCCACGGACCCAGUGACUGUUCUUGCCAUCUUCCAUGAGCUUCAAGUUGAUGUUGAACUCUAUGCUCUUCUCUUCGGUGAAAGUGUCCUCAAUGAUGCUGUUGCCAUAGUGCUGUCCUCCUCAAUAGUGGCAUACCAACCAGCUGGAGACAACAGCCAUACCUUUGAUGUCACGGCCAUGUUCAAAUCUAUUGGAAUCUUCCUUGGGAUCUUCAGUGGAUCUUUUGCAAUGGGUGCUGCUACAGGAGUCAUGACAGCUUUAGUGACAAAGUUCACCAAGUUGCGGGAGUUCCAGUUGCUGGAGACAGGUCUGUUCUUCUUGAUGUCCUGGAGUACCUUCCUUUUGGCCGAAGCUUGGGGUUUCACAGGUGUGGUUGCAGUGUUGUUUUGUGGCAUCACACAGGCACAUUAUACAUACAAUAAUUUGUCCACAGAGUCUCAGCAUAGAACGAAGCAGUUGUUUGAGCUGCUCAAUUUCUUAGCGGAGAAUUUCAUCUUUUCCUACAUGGGGCUGACGCUGUUCACCUUCCAGAACCAUGUCUUCAAUCCAACAUUUGUAGUAGGAGCAUUUGUUGCUAUUUUCUUGGGAAGAGCUGCCAAUAUUUACCCCUUGUCUCUUUUACUUAAUUUGGGUAGAAGAAGUAAGAUUGGAUCAAAUUUCCAACACAUGAUGAUGUUUGCUGGCCUUCGUGGUGCAAUGGCAUUUGCCUUGGCCAUUCGUGACACUGCCACUUACGCACGGCAAAUGAUGUUCAGCACCACACUUCUGAUUGUGUUUUUUACUGUGUGGGUAUUUGGUGGUGGCACCACUGCUAUGUUGUCAUGCUUGCAUAUAAGGUACUAUGCUAGACUCUGGGGCUACAGAGAUGAAUUGAGACAUGGCCUUUACCCUCAAGGAGCCCACAGUCUUUUUGGGGAGAUGGACAGGGUUGGUGUUGACUCAGACCAAGAACAUUUGGGUGUUCCUGAAAAUGAAAGGAGAACUACCAAAGCAGAGAGUGCCUGGCUCUUCCGGAUGUGGUACAACUUCGAUCAUAACUACCUGAAGCCUCUCCUGACCCACAGUGGGCCUCCUCUCACUACCACACUCCCAGCCUGCUGUGGGCCCAUUGCCAGGUGCCUCACCAAACCAGGAGCAAUUGAAAGAUGAUGACUCCGAUCUUAUUCUCAAUGAUGGUGAUAUCAGUUUGACAUAUGGGGAUUCUACUGUGAACACUGACUCUGCAACAGCCAGUGCCCCAAGGAGAUUUAUGGGCAACAAUUCUGAAGAUGCCUUGGAUCGGGAGCUUACAUUUGGGGACCACGAACUAGUCAUUCGUGGAACACGCCUGGUUCUUCCGAUGGAUGAUUCUGAACCUGCGUUAAAUUCAUUAGAUGACACAAGACACAGUCCAGCCUAGGCUUUCUAAUACUCACUUAGUGGUUUGUAAACUUUGCACAUGUGAUUGUGAAGAAAUGUGUACUACCUACAAGUCCUAGUGCAUGUCUCCGAAUGUGUAAGCUAUAUAAAUGCUAUUUAUAUGGCAUAGGAAGAAUAUAAGUACCCUGUACAAGGCAGGUUGUGAGCAAUCUGUUCUCUUAAGUUUUGCUGGCUGCACUACAUUGGCCGGAUCUCUUUUAGAAAGUUCCUUUCACAGUAAUGUUGUGUGUUCUGUUAGUUUUAUGUUUCAGAUAAAGUAUAAAAAGUGA